CCAGAAAUGAGUGGAAUGCUAUCUUAAGCCAAAAAACUAUUACAAUUUUUAUUUAAUACUACUUAAAUGAAGAAAGAUAAAAAAAGAAACAAAAUUCAAAUUGAUAAUUAUACCAUUCAGACAUUAGUAAAUAUGUCGCUCAAUCCAAGUCGACCUUCCUCAUCAGAGUUGGUGGAACUUCAUGUUUUUUAUGUCCCUGAAGGAUCAUGGAACUAUAAGCUAAAUACCAUUUCAACAGAAGUUGUUAACAAAUUCAUUUCAGCUGGAUUUCUAAGAGUAUCUCCUCAACUUACUUUACGAGCCCUGAGGGAGCGUCUUGGUGAAUUCCUGGGUGAAGAUGCUAUUGCAGAAAAAUUUUUAUUUCUGAAAUGCAUUGGAAAUAAUUUAGCUGUGGUGAAGGAAAAGCAAGAAUCAGAACUGAAACUCAAAUCAUUUGCUCCUCCAUAUGCUCUUCAACCAGAAUUAUAUUUGCUUCCUAUAAAGGACCAUUUAGGAAAUGUUUAUUCACCAUCAUCAACAGUUAUUUUAGAUGAGCGGCAGACUAAUAAUGGUGCUAAUGAGGCUGAUGGAACAAUCCACAGACCAAUUAGUAUAACUUUGUUCAAGGAGGAACUUGGAAGAGAUCCCAGUUUGUUAGAAAACACUUUGAAAGAGCUUCCUAACAAGAAUCAGGAAGAAGCUGGGGGAAAAGCCACUGCGGAAAAAAGUCAGAUUGCAAAAAAUCAAAUUAGAAAUUCUGAGUUGCCAAGAUCAUUGGAAGAUUCAAAUAAUGAUUGCUUUGGCACCAAAAAAAGUCAGUGUCUUUGGGAAAAUGAAGAUGAUACAGCUAUCAGUAGAAGACAGGACAAUCAGAUAGGUGAAAAAGAGUACAUCACCCUACCAGAUCACCCUUCACUUCAUUGUCAACCUGUUCUUUCUUCAAGAAUAAUUGAUAUCUCUUUAUUACCAACUGAAAGAGAGAAGAUUAUCAAACAAAUGAAACAAGUAAAGGAAGAAAGAAGGUAUCUGGAAAGAAAUAGAGAAGAACUAGUAAAAACAGUUGAAAAGCUAUUUGAACAAAGCAAAUUAAAACGAUAUCAUGCCUAUGACGGUUGGAAGAAAAAAUACUUGGAAACAAAGAAAGUCACAGCAUCAGUGGAGGAAGUUUUAACAAAACUUCGAGAAGAUUUGGAACUCUACUAUAAAAAAUUGCUCAUGCAACUUGAAGCCAGGGAGAUCAAGAUGAGACCAAAGAAUCUGGCAAACAUCACAGACUCCAAGAAUUAUCUGAUAAUCCAGAUCACUGAGGUACAGCAUGCAAUUGACCAACUUAAGAGAAAACUGCAUACUGACAAAAUGAAACUCACAGUAGAAGUUAAGAUGAGAAAACAAGCAGUUUCAGAUUUACGAACAUUGAAAACUGAACUGGCACAGAAAAAAAAAAUAAUACAUCUCUACAAUCUCAAUUAGGGAGCAUUGGCUGCUGCAAUACAUUCUGACCAGAUCUGACUUUGUUCAUCAUAAGACAUCACAAAGAGGAAGUCACAAGCAUCUGCGAUUCCAGUAUAAUUAUAGCAUCUUCUGUCUAUGUUCUUUGGAGACCAAGCUACAUCAAAGGUUACCUGUGGAAAAAAAUCUUACUAUUUUAUGUAACAUGAUCAAAUAUGCAUAUUAUGUCAGAUUUUUAAACUUAUAUAUAUUUUUACCUUAUACUACACAAGGAAAAAGCUUACAGUAUAUGAAUGUAGGGUUUGACACACAGAGAACUUGAACCAUUCUAAGAAAUAUUUUUUGCUUACACUUGACUGAGUCAGACAUAUAUUUGGACAUACAGGAGCAGGACACUAUAUAGAAGAUGGCCUUCAAACUCAAAAUGUCUUCAAACGCGAGGCUGGUACCUCAGCUGAUUAAAAGAAGCAGGUAUAAUAACAACAGGGUAUGGUGAUGCCCCUGAGCAAUUAGAGAGUAAAGGCACACUAAAAGAAUUCAAAUACAAAAGUUUUUAAAAUAUUAUGCAGGUUAAAUAUGUCACCUGUUGGCACAACCUGAUUGGGCUGCAAGUUUCAGCCCGUGAUUCACAAUCACCUUAUAUGGUAGGUUUGGCCCAAUAUUAGUUAGACAAUAAUGGUGUCUUAUGGCCACAGGUAUAGAUUAAUCAAGUCAAAAUGUUGAACAAAUCAUUUAAAUGAUCUUAUUUUAUGGAAAUAUUCAAAUAAAUGUUGAGUAAUA